AUUCACACACAAAUACAUACAAGAUAUGCAUGGCUUCUUCUCUGCUUCUCAUCUUCACCACUAGUCUUAUCUCUUUUCUCUUCUUCAUCAUCUUCUUCUCCUUUGCGAACAAUAACAAGAAGAAGAAGAACAACAACAACAACGCCAACAAAGCUCAUCAACCUCCAUUGCCGCCAUGUCCAAUAGGCUGGCCAAUCCUCGGCAACCUGCCUCAGCUGGGUUCCAAGCCACACCAAACCCUACACAACCUCUCCAAAACCUAUGGCCCUCUCUUCCGUCUCCGCUUUGGCUCUGUCACCGUCCUCGUUGCAUCCUCAGCAAGCAUCGCUUCCCAGUUCCUCCGCACUCUAGACGCCAACUUCUCUAACAGACCACCAAACUCCGGCGCCGAGCACAUCGCUUACAACUACCAAGACAUCGUGUUCGCCCCCUAUGGCUCCAGGUGGCGCAUGCUCCGCCGCUUGUGUUCCCUCCACCUCUUCUCAGCCAAAGCUCUUGAUGAAUUCCGGCAUGUUAGAGAGGGUGAGGUGAAGCUGCUGGCCAGUGAGCUUGUUAGAGCUCAAGGAAAGGAGGUAAGCCUAGGGAAUUUGGUGAACGUUUGUGCGACUAACGCUCUGUCAAGGGCCGUAGUUGGAAGGAGGGUGUUUGAGCAGGGUGGUGUUGGUGAGUUUAAGGAGAUGGUGGUGGAGCUCAUGAAGCUCGCCGGAGUGUUCAACAUCGGUGAUUUUGUGCCGUGGCUGAGACCGUUGGACGUGCAAGGGGUGGUGAAGAGGAUGAAGAGGCUCCAUAAAUGGUAUGAUGAGUUCUUGAACAAAAUCAUGGAGGAGCAUAGGAUGGAGGGUGGACGUAAAGGUACUCGUGAUCUUCUUAGUGUGUUGUUAGGGUUGAAGGAGGACGUUAAUGGUGACGAGGACGCUAAGCUCACUGAUACUAACAUCAAGGCCUUGCUCCUCAACUUAUUCACGGCCGGAACUGACACGUCAGCAAGCACAGUUGAGUGGGCCAUGGCGGAGCUCAUACGUCACCCGGACAUACUCGCCGCCGUACAAGCCGAGAUAGACGCCGUCACCGGCCGGUCACGGCUCGUCUCUGAGCCAGACCUAGCCAAGCUUCCACUCUUGCAAGCCAUCAUCAAAGAGACGUUCCGGCUCCACCCAUCCACUCCACUAUCUCUCCCUCGCACCGCAGCCGAGCCAUGCGAAGUCGGCGGCUUCCACGUCCCCGGCGGCGCCACCCUCUUGGUCAACGUGUGGGCCAUAGCACGAGAUCCAGAGGUUUGGUCUGAUCCACUAGAAUUCAAACCUAGCCGGUUUCUCCCCGGUGGAAGCCACGCUGACGUGGACUUGAAGGGGGCUCACUUCGAGCUGAUUCCGUUCGGCGCCGGCCGCCGGAUUUGCGCCGGUUUGAGUCUGGGGUUGAGGAUGGUGACGUUAAUGGUGGCGAGCUUAGUGCAUGGGUUUGAUUGGGCCUUGGCUGAUGGGCUUACUCCUAAGACCUUGAACAUGGACGAGGACUUUGGGCUUACUUUGCAAAGGGCUGUUCCUUUGAGCGCCCAUCCCAUUCCAAGAUUGACCAGUGAAGCAUAUAUGGUUUAAUUUUUAUUGAGGAUUUACAUGGAAAAUUCUAUAAAUUGUGGGCUCAUAAGUAAAUAACUUGUCGUUUUAAUUGGAAAAUCUAUGAAAUAUAAGAGCAAGGCAUAUGUUUUAAUUUGAAUAA